UCCUGAUGAGUACCUGCUCCCAGAGUGACCCGCUGGACCUCCUUGGGCUGCACGAGGGAGGCUCUGCUUGGGUGGGCGGUGGGUGACAGCACUGAGAACGUGCAUGGCCAAGACAGUGCCACACACAGGAAUGAAGACCGCCCGUGGGCAGGGCGUCUUCCGGAAGCGUUGGGAGACGAGCUAAGGGCGCCUUCUGCACGCUGGAAAGGUCGGGGUGAGGUGUGUGAGUCCUCCAGCGGAGUAUGUGGUCACAGAGAAAGACGGCGUUGCAGAACUCGGCAUGAACUGGGCAGCCCCAGAGCUGGCAGCAGUCACACUGUGCUGUCAGAGAAAGUCCCUUGCCUGACGGGUAUCCAGGCCAGUGGGCUUCACAGGGACCCGAGGAGCCCAUGGUUAGCCAGCUAAGCAGGGUGAGAGCUGGGGCCCCAUUGUCCCCGUGUGGCUGGAAUUGAAGUGUGACAAGUUGCAUGAGGCCCCAGGAAGGUGAGCAGCAGCUCACGGGGCCCACGGUGGCUCUGGGGAUUUCCUGACGUGACCAAAGUGAUUGAGGUGGGCUACAGCUGAAUUUGGCUCCAGGAGCUGGACAGCAGUGGGAAGAUGUGCGGGGAUGGAUCUUGACCCACCCAGGUGCCUGAGUCCAGAGGAAUUACGUAGACACUUGAGAUCUGGUUAGACGACGCUGAUCCUGACGACCCGGGAUCCAAAGGAGACCUGGAAACAGUUGUAUCCUUGAGGGAGUCGUAGGGCAGGAAGGCACGAUUUUCAGUGUGCCCUGCUCCUGGCUUACACGGCACAGGGUCCGGCCAGCCGCCCUGGGGUUCAGAAUUCACUCUUGAGGAAGAGGCUGAACAGGAGAGAAAAACAGACUUGGCGUUCUUUUGGCAAAACUGCAAACCGGCUGGGAAGAGGGAUGAAAACCGUAGACUAGAUCACAAGAAGGCAGACCUUGCUUUAGAGCUUUCUAGAGAUUAUAAGCUAUCUUGCACAAAUUUUAAUGUGCACAUCUUUCUGCUUGUGACUGUGCUGCUUGAUACAGUGUCAUAAAAUGUCUCCUGAUGAAGAACAAAUGCACAAAGCACACAAUGCAUAAAGCACGUGGAAGAAUAGAUGCUCAAGAAAAGCAGCUUGGAGGUGCUGGAUUCUGAAGCUGUCCCACGUGGAUGGGAGGUUGAGCCGGUAGUUGAUCCCUGACACUUUAGCCACAAGGGAGCCGAGCUGCUUUCUGACAGAUCUGUAUUCAAUGUUAGUGGUUGGGGAGGUAACAAUCUUGAAGGUGUAAAUCCUUAACCAUGGCUGUGAUAAGAGAAGAUUUUAUCAGGAGGGACACUGGGUGAUCCUUUAUCAAAAGAUUCAAUAAAGACAGUGAAAUAUAGGUAAAGCCCGGGGGAAUCAACCCAGAAGCUUUCGGGACUAAAAACCAGUAACUCCCAAGAAAUCCACAGUGUGACCAAGUCAGAAGGUCAGGUGAGGAGGCCGCAGCCCUUGGCAGUGUGGCUGCGUCUGCCCUCUGCGCUCGGACCGGUUGGCUCACUGUGCGAGGCAGUGCCACACCUGAGGGGCUGUGCGCCCUGGGGCCAGCUGACUGCGGAGACGGAGGCCUUCCACGCUUCUCACUGGAGGCCACCCCGCGGGCAGCAGGUGCCAUGUAUUACUCAAGACAUGGGCUCAGUUUUGUGUCACCACGACCCUGAAUAGCAGAGCUUAAACACUCCGUUAGAGGUGUGUUUCCUCCAGGCUUUCCUAUCAAAGCUGGGCCAGUAGGUGGGAACUGGCCUCUGGGGUCAUCCCAGAGCAGAACCUGGAGCCGUCCCAACCUGGUCACAGGAAGAGGGGAAGGGCCCAGGGCACACCCUUCCCUUAAGGUCCAGUCCACAGUUGCACACACGUGUUUCUUGUUCCCACAGGCCGAAUCUGGCUUUGUGGUCACAGCCAGGGUGCAAGGGAGGCUGGGGGUCGCAGCCUGCCUUGUGUGUCGGGUACGCUGCUAAACUUGUGUGUCCUGGAUGAAGGGGGAAGGGUCUCGCAGAUGAGCAGCGAUGUCCACCCAAGACAGGGACCUGAUCUGACAGACUCGUCAGUCUGCAGGGGAUGCACAAGCUGACCUAGUUGAGCCGUGGGCACCGGACCAUGCGGACCUGGUGGCUGCUGCUUGCCCUGGGAGUCUGCGCAGGGGCCGUGAGCUCUCAAGAGAUGUGCAGGCAAGGGCCCUCUGGCAUCCCCGGGAGCCCCGGCCACAACGGUCUGCCCGGCAGAGACGGACGCGACGGAGCGAAGGGGGACAAAGGGGACGCAGGAGAACCAGGCCAUCCCGGUGGCCCAGGGAAGGACGGAGUGAGUGGCGAGAAAGGAGAACGAGGGGCAGAUGGAAGAGUCGAAGCCAAAGGCAUCAAAGGUGACCCCGGCUCCAGAGGACCCCCAGGGAAGCAUGGGCCAAAGGGAUCUGUUGGUCCCCUAGGAGAAAAAGGGCUGCAAGGAGAGAUUGGCCCUCAAGGGCAGAAGGGCGACAAAGGUGACAUGGGUCCCAUAGGUCCCCAAGGUCUAACGGGCAGUGGUGGACCUUUGGGCCCCACUGGUUUAACUGGCCCGGUAGGCCCCAUUGGUAAGCCAGGUCCCAAGGGAGACGUGGGGCCCAUGGGACCCCAGGGUGAGCCUGGGGUCCGAGGAAUAAGAGGCUGGAAGGGGGAUAGAGGGGAAAAAGGCAAAAUUGGUGAAAGUCCAGUUUUGCCGAAGAGCGCUUUCAGUGUGGGGCUGACUGUGCUGAGCAAGUUCCCCCCUUCGGACGUACCCAUUAAAUUCGACAAGAUCCUGUACAACGAAUUCAACCAUUACGAUGUCGCCACAGGGAAGUUCACAUGUCACAUUGCCGGCGUCUAUUACUUCACCUACCACGUCACUGUCUUCUCCAGGAACGUGCAGGUCGCUUUGGUCAAAAAUGGGGUGAAAGUACUGCACACGAAGGACGGUUACAUGAGCUCCGAGGACCAGGCCUCCGGGGGGACCGUCCUGCCGCUGCAGCUGGGGGACGAGGUGUGGCUGCAGGUGACAGGGGGACAGAGGUUCAACGGCCUGUUUGCGGAUGAGGACGAUGACACGACUUUCACAGGCUUCCUGCUGUUCAGCGGCUCCUGACGGAGGAGCCCUCUGGUCCCGCCUCCCUCUCAGUGAGGGUUAGCAUGGCGGGAAUGACUCAGCGAUUCGCCCGCACUCCUUCCUCCGUGAUAGCAAUAAUCCUGAGAAGUGCAGCUGGGCAAGUUUCUCCUCAACUUGGUUGCAUGUAACUUACAAUCUUUCCAAGAGUGAAUUGUUACAUAUUUGCCUGUUUACUGCUAUUUUUGUGGAUUUUCUCUGCCCUGUUUAUUCUGAUUCUUUAAAUAUCUUCAUUGUUCGUAUCCUCUGAGGAGCACUUUGCACGUGUGUUUCUGCUGGGAAGGGCAUUCUGGUGUCACUGUAGUGCUCUAAGGAGCCAAGUGUUGCUCCUCUGUGUUGCUGAGGACAUUAGGGAGAAAGAAAGGGACAUCAGCUGGUGCGCAGCCGAGUGGUAGAACCGUUGGCUAGAUGCACAAGGCCCUGAGUCCCAGCUCCAGUGCUACAAAGGAAGAAAAAAGGAAAAUGUUUAUUCCAUUUAGUCACACAUAAAAGCUGGCAACAGUGAGACCCC